AUGGACUGGCAUAAAGAAGAGCUGUGCUGCUUGCAAGACCCGGUGGAGGACGAGGAUUGCUGUGGCCAGAGCAUCUCCACAGAGACAGGGCAGUCGCAUCCUGAAUGUCCUGUCAAGAACUGCUGUGGCCAGAGCAUCUCCACAGAGACAGGGCAGGAACUGCUUGGCUUCACCUCAGGUAGUGCCCCACAGCUGUCCCGAAGUGCUGGCAAGAGCUGUGGCCAGAGCAUCUCCACAGAGACAGGGCAGGAACUGCUUGGCUUCACCUCAGGUAGUGCCGCACAGCUGUCCCGAAGUGCUGGCAAGAGCUGUGGCCAGAGCAUCUCCACAGAGACAGAGCAGGAACUGCUUGGCUUCACCUCAGGCAGUGCCCCACAGCUGUCCCGAAGUGCUGGCAAGAGUCGCAUCCUGAAUGUCCUGUCAAGAACUGGUAACACCAGUGGGUCUUCUGUGGCCAGAGUAGCUCCACAGAGACAGGGCAGCUCCGUGGUAGUGAUUGAGUCUGACUCUGAUAACGAAUGCGACACCUAUGAGAAGAAAACUAAGAUACUGAAAACAAGCCACGACGGUAAGAAUAUGGAACGUUAUAAUGUGAAGCCUACCAUCGAGGGACCCCCAAUAGUUAUUAGUGAUGAUGAUGAUGAUGACAACAAGAACACUAGUGAUUCAGAAGUUCCCAAAGACAAGAGUAAUGAUUCAGAAGUUCUUAAAGACAAGAGUAAUGAUUCAGAAGUUCCCAAAGACAAGAGUAAUGAUUCAGAAGUUCCCAAAGACAAGAGUAGUGAUUCAGAAGUUCCCAAAGACAAGAGUAGUGAUUCAGAUGUUCCCGAUGACGACGACAAUCAUGAUUCGGAUGAUUCCGAUGUUCCCGAUGAUGAUGACAAUCAUGAUUCCGAUGUUCCCGAUGACGACGACAAUCAUGAUUCUGAUGUUCCUGAUGAUGAGCAUGAUUCGGAUGUUUCCGACGAUGACAACGGUCAUGAUUCGGAUGUUCCCGACGAAGAUAGUAGUGAUUCAGAUGUUCCCAGUGACAGUAAUGAUUGGGAAGUUCCUGACAACAAUACUGAUGAUUUCGAAGUUCCUGUGCCAGCAGAAGAAGAUUUGUGUGAUGAAGGCCAAAUUGCCUCAGAUGAGGAAGAGCUGGAUGAGGCUGGUGAGCAGGAUCUUGGUGAGAAUCUUUGCGAUCCACUGAGUGAUCCUGAGGCUAACCUUGAGGUUUCAAAGAGAAAGCUGCCAACUGAGGAAGAGCCUGCACCUGUGGUGGAACAGUCAGGGAAAAGGAAGGCAAAAAGCGAAACUAUUGUGGAGCCACUGAGGAAGAGGAAAGCAAAAACCAAAAAUGUAUCUGAGACACCUGCUGAUAAAGGACAUAAGAAGUGUGGGCAUUCAAAGAAGAAACCCAGUGCAGCAAAAGUUGAAAAUUGCAAGACUAGGACUUGUAAGUGCAAAGUCCAUAGAAGUUUCCUGUAUGGCCAUGGAAAGUCAAAGAAAUACUCUGGAAAAAAUUUAGAGCGAAAUAAGGAUGAACUGGUUCACAGAGUCUCCGGCCUGUUUAACAGAACCGACUGUGAUAAAAAGCUGCAAGAGAAACGACGGAUUGCCUCGAAUAACAAGAUGCUGAAAACUGCCGAUUCAUCAUGCAGCAGUGGUGAGAUGCCGUACCAAAACAGGCAGUGCAUUGCUGAGAUCCAGCUUGGCGUGAAAGUCUCAGCAAUGAUCCAGAUUGACAUGCAGCCCUCUACAGGUGGUGGUAGGAUUGUGGCAGAUACCUUGAUCCAUGAAAUAUGCCAUGCUGUCCUGGCUGAUGGUUUCCAUGAUUCUUAUGGUGACACGUGGAAGUAUUAUACCAGGAAAUCCAACAGGGUGCACCCGGAGCUGCCCAAGGCCACCUGUUGUCAUAGCUAUAAGAUUACCUACAAGGUCCAUUAUGAAUGUACUGAGUACAAAACCAGGAUUGGCUGCUACACCAAAUCAUUCGAUACUAGGUGCUUCAUCUAUGUCAAGUUCAAGGCGUCUCUGGUCAUGGUGCCAUUAACUUGGAAAGACGGGACCCACAUUGUGCCCCAUGUGCGACCAUUUGCUGUUCUCAUCGAUAGCCCUGGAAUAAUGCUCUCCAUCGCCCUCCUGCAGGUGGCUGUGUGCUAA